AUCCUUCUGUCCUUCCCGUCUUCUCUGGUUUCUCUAUAGUUGUUAUAGACACCUCUCUUCCCCCCUGUCCAUUAAUCAAGGGAUCUCCAAGGACAUCAACUUUCCAUUCGUCGUAAUGGUUGGCGUUUCCACCUUUGUGCUCCUCGGCCUAGGCCUCUUGCGCCUCCGCGUCGUUGCCCAAGACAUCCCAGAGAUUCCAACUCUCGACGACGUAGAUGCCCAGCUAUCUGCCUACCUCGAAUUGGUCGGGAAUGGUACUGUGGCUGCAGAAGGGCCCCAGGCGCGCUCACUCACGCUGCCCUCUGGCUGUGACCUCGCCUGUGGCUUCCUCGGCUUCUCGCUGAAGGGGCAGAUAUCGUACCCGGGAAGCCUGGAGUAUCAAUUCGGCGAGUCCCAGUACUGGUCCGUCCAGCAGGCUUCCAACGAGCCAACCUGCCGUUUUACCCCUAGGAGCGCGAUUGAGGUGUCCCUGGGCGUUUUGGCCUUGCGACUUGCGAACUGCAAGUUUGCCGUCAAGAGCGGUGGCCAUGCUGCUUUUGCAGGGUCCUCCAACAUUGACAAUGGAAUUGCCAUCGACCUGGCGAAACUCAACCAGGUAACCGUCUCUGCCGACAAGACGCAGACUUCCGUCGGGGCAGGAAAUGUUUGGUACGAUGUCUACAAGAAGCUUGAGCCAAUGGGCCUCUCGGUCAUCGGCGGGAGAGUGUCGGCCAUCGGUGUCGGCGGGUUGACUCUCGGCGGCGGCGUAUCAUUCUUUUCCAACCGUUAUGGAUGGGCAUGUGACAAUGUCAACACGUACCAAAUUGUACUUGCGGAUGGAUCCAUCCGCGAGGUCACGCCGUCUUCGCUCCCCGACUUGUACUUUGCGCUCCGCGGCGGCGGCAACAACUUCGGAAUUGUGACUCGCUUCGACCUCAACACAUUCCCGCAAGGUAAGAUGUGGGGCGGUGCGCAAGUCUUCCUCUACAGCCCUGAAACCGCGGCUGGUCUAAACGAGGCCUUCAACGGGCUCGCUAUCAAUGGCCAUGAGGAUCCCUAUGCACAGGUCAUCCUUGCCUACGCCUACGUCCAGUAUGCCGACAUGUAUGUCAUCUCAUCGGAUCUUCAGUAUGGCAAACCCGUCGUGAACCCGCCAAUGCUUCAGAACUUCACUGCUGUGCAAGGCACCGUUGUCUCCGACUCACUGAGUAUUGCUAGCCAGUCAGAGCUUACUGUCGAGUUGAACAACUCUAACCCCGGUGGAUUCCGACAAUCGUACUGGACCUUCACGACCGGCAAUAGCCCCACCCUAAUGGCAGAUAUCAUUGCCAUCUACCAGGAGGAAACCAACACCAUCAAAGACGCCGAGGGCCUCGUAUCCUCCUGCAUCUUCCAGCCCAUAGGCACCAACAUGGCACCGCUCUUUGCACGCAACGGCGGAAAUGCCCUCGGGAUCGACCUUACUAAGGGUCCCCUGAUGCUGCUCAACAUUGCCAUAUCAUGGUCCAACGAAGUCGAUGAGACGCGCAUCCUCGCUGCUGCACGGAACAUGGUGAACCGCUCCGAUGCUGCCGCACAGGCCGCAGGGCUUGGAAAUGCGUACCUCUACCAGAAUUACGCGUCUGCCGAGCAGGAUGUUUUCGGAAGCUAUGGCGCGACAAAUUUGGCAAAGUUAAAGGCUAUCAGUAAGAAGUACGACCCGAGCGGUGUGUGGCAGAAGUUACAACCCGGAUACUUCAAGAUUCAAUAGAGUGUAUACAAAAGGGGAGGCGGUUUGCUGCAUGGUCAAACUUAUAUGUAUAUAUAUCACUUAGCUCGUCAAGCCUAAUACACGACUGCAAGAC